UUUUGUGGACCAGAAUAUGCAAAACUUCACCCCAUCCAACCCUUCAAUACUAACACUGUACUUUGGGGAAAUGACACAAGCUCAGUAUUUAUACAGCGUCUUCACACUGAUUGGGUUCACGGCAAUUGUUCUCACUAAUGGUGCGGUGAUCAUUCUCAUAGUGUUACAUGAUACUUUGCACAAACCAAUGUAUAUCUUUAUUUCUCUUCUUUGUAUCAACUCCCUGUACGGCUGCUUUGCUUUCUUCCCCAGACUGUUUGUGAAUCUGAUUUCCAAGACCCAAACCAUUUCUUACUUUGGUUGCAUUACCCAAGUAUUCUGCCUCCACACAUAUUUUGGCUGUGAGUUGUCCCUGUUGACUGCUAUGGCUUUGGAUAGAUAUGUGUGCAUCUGCAACCCUUUUUGGUAUAACCACAUCAUGUCCUUAAGAACUGUUUGCAAGAUGACCGUGGCCGCCUGGCUCUUUGCCAUUAUUCCAGUUUCAGUUAUUGUCCUACUGACCAUCAGACUCCCCCUUUGUGGCAAUAUAAUACUCAAGAUCUACUGUGACAACUGGUCAGUAGUUAGACUCUCCUGCAUCGAUACAACUAUCAACAAUAUUGUGGGUCUUUUUAUCAUGGUUGGGUUUCUUACACUGUUGCCAUUGUUUAUAUUGUACUCUUACGUGGAAAUCUUGAAAGUAUGUUUGAAGUCUUCAAAGGUAUUCCAAGCCAAAGCCUGGCAGACCUGCGCUCCUCAUAUCAUAUCAGUCAUAAACUUUAUGGUUAUAAGACUCUUUGAAUUUCUUGACAAUCGUUUAAGUCUGAGUAAUUUGUCAAACAGCCUGAAGAUUAUUAUCAUUGUUCAAGCUUUUGCCCUGCAGCCAAUUCUAAAUCCGCUCAUUUAUGGACUGAAGGUCAAGAAAAUAAAAAUAAAAAUGAUUCAGUUCCUUUUUCACAAAAAAUGUGACAGUGAACACUGA